AAUGUUCAACAAUCGUAACGUUCCUAGUUGGUUUUAUAAUCUAGAGUCUACGAGCCGUCGAUCUGAUACUCGUGGUAGUCAUUAUGACGAAGAUGACUUACAAACUCUAGUCGAAUUAGGUGAGGACUGCGAGGGCAUCGACAGGUCACCGUCUGUUUACUCGUUCAAGUCCAAAAUGGCAGUUUCUCGAAAGUCAUCGUCAAGUAUUUUGCCUGAGAUACGAUCGAAUAAAUUAAAAACAAAUGAUAGAGCUUCACAUGCCCUACGUUCGUUGCCUCUCGAAUCAGAGUUGGAACAGUAUCUAAAGUUCCUAUCGUCUUCAAAAUCAAAGCAACAAAAAUUCACAAACAACUUACAUAGAAGAGCUGUUUCUCGCGGACCCCUCGACCGCCCUUUAUUACCUCGACCAUCUGUCUUCCAACAGCAAAAGAAAAGAUUUGGUGACGAAUUGUUGAAAGAAAAGACCACAAACGAAACCUUAACUAAUCAACAGCGCCGAACUUAUACAAUGAAAGACAGUUUGAAGCGAAUGCUUAAUUCUUAG